ACUUAGCAACGAAAACAGUUCGCGCCAAGACACUAACCAAAGCGCUGCUCAAAAAGUUAAAAUUGUCACGCAGGCGCUGUAGUCGACACGUUUAGCGCGGGAAAGUACAUUUUCAUUAAUAUGAAUAUUUACAAAGUGUUUAAUCUUAAAACAGAGGCUUUUAAAAUAAAGUGACAUUGAUAAAAAGUGUAUUUAUCUUGGAAUUUGAUUAUUAUAUUUUUAAUGUGUUUUUGUUUUGAACAAUUUAAAACGUACAGCAUGCUUCGGAAGUUGAAUCCGAGGAGACUUUUCGAGUGCGUAUUCCCGAUAUUGAAAUGGUCGCGCCAUUACGAACUACGGACGGCUCUGGGAGAUCUAAUCGCCGGAGUCACGGUCGCUCUCACCCUUAUACCCCAGUCCAUCGCGUAUGCGUCGCUGGCUGGUUUUGAACCGCAGUAUGGAUUGUAUGCGUCACUGGUGGGUGGCUUCGUGUACGGCGUGAUGGGCACCAUCCCACAGAUUAACAUCGGGCCCACGGCUCUGCUCUCUCUACUCACCUUCACCUACACCAAUGGCACCAACCCUGACUUUGCUGUGCUUCUCUGUUUCGUUGGCGGCGUCGUGACCCUCGUCGCUGGCAUUGCGCAACUCGGAUUUCUAGUGGACUUUGUAUCGACUCCAGUAGUGUCAGGCUUCACAUCGGCUGCCGCGGUGACCAUAGCCUCUUCGCAGAUAAAAGGACUGUUAGGGCUGCAUUUCGACGCCGAGACCUUUACGUCGACCUGGCGAGCCGUAUUCCAGAACGUCGCAAACGCGAGAUUGAAUGACACGGUGCUAGGUCUGUCCUGUUGUGUCCUGUUAACGGGAAUGAAGGCCCUAAAGGACAUUCGAAUCGAAGAAUCGGAGGACCAGAAGUGCAAAGGGCGGGCGAUGGUUAAACGAGGGCUUUGGGCCGCGAGUGUAUCGCGGAACGCCCUGGUGGUGGUUACAGCGGCAGCGGUCGCCUUCUGUCUUCAUCGGGACAAGGAUCAUCCCUUCAUACUUACCGGCCACAUAACAGCGGGUCUGCCACACCCUCGAGUACCAGCGUUCCAAACAACAGUCGGUAACGGCACGGUGUAUGCCGGUGGAAUGUUAGCUCACCUCGGAAGUGGACUGCUAGUAGUGCCACUAGUGGGAAUCAUUUCUAACGUAGCCAUCGCUAAAGCCUUCUCGAAAGGCAAAGCCCUAGACGCGACACGUGAAAUAGUGGCGCUGGGUCUGUGCAACAUCGCCGGAUCUUUUUUCAACUCGUUCCCGGUCAACGGAUCGUUCACUCGCAGCGCGGUCAGCGAUGCCUCCGGAGUGGCCACUCCUGCCGCCGGCUUUUACACGGGUUUAAUAGUACUUCUGACGCUGACUCUGCUGACUCCGUACUUCUACUUCAUCCCUCGCGCGGCCUUGGCGGCGGUCAUCACGUGCGCCGUGCUGCAUAUGGUGGACCUUCAAAUCGUCAAGAAAUUGUGGAAAACAAAUAAGCUAGACUUGCUUCCAUUAACGAGCACCUUCGUGAGCUGCCUGAUGCUGGGGAUCGAGGUGGGUCUGGGAUGUGGAGUAGCCGUUGACGUAUUGCUGCUGCUCUACUAUCAGUCGCGUCCACGGCUCCAACUGCGAUACGUUCAAGAAGGGUCCCUUCCGCCUCACUACCAGAUGCAUCCUGUUGGCGGUUUACACUUCGCGAGUGCUGAAAGAGUUCGAUCAGAGUUAAUGGCUCUUAAUGUCGGCCGACAGACAAAGAUAACUAGAGUGGAGGUCGUCACGCCCGAUGCCAUAUUGACAAACGGUGGCGCUGGGCCGGAGCCGCCCAAAUUACCGCCCAACUUGCUCAUCGUUUAUUGCGACGCACUCAGCCGCCUCGACUACACAUUCCUACAGAGCAUGAAUAUGAUGGUAGAAGAAUGGUCCCGUGAGGGCCACGUUAUCUGGUGCGGAGCUCAACCCAAAGUCAGAGAGCAGCUGGAGGCUGCCAUUCACAAUCCCUUGUUCUGCUCGCACGAUCAGUUAUCAGCUGUACUAAUAGGGUUAUCUUCCGUCACUCAAGUCGGUAACGUUAGUGACACGCAGUUAUAGUUAAAGUUGUGGGUUAGAUUUUAUCCUAAUUUUACCUCAUGCCUACCUACCAAUGAUUAGAAGGUAAGAUGUUUUGGCAAUUCUGAGACAUAUCAGACAUAAUAUCGUCACCUACUGACUGUAAUAUAACUCACAUUUUACUAUUUAAUUAAAUCAUAAUAUUUAUUGAUUAAUUAUGUAAUCUAUUAAAAAAGGAUUGAUUAUAUUGUUAAUCAACACUACUGUUUAUGGUAAUUUAUUAUAUUUAAACUGUGAUACUGUUUUAAUACAAUGAAAAUAUAAAUUAAUAUAAUGAUUCUGUGUGUACGGUAUCCGAUUAUUUUUUGCUGUUAAACAACUAAACAGAAUAAGUACAGUUUGUUUACCUGACGUUGGUUGUAAAAUACAUGUUUAGUAAUUUCAAUGGCUGGUUAAUAAUCACGUCAGUAUUAUUACAUUUAUGGUCAUGAUUAAGCCAACGAAAGAACGAAGAAACAAAAAUUAAUAAAUCUAAUUGAUUGAAUAUCCAUUGCAUAAAUCUCGGAUGAUGAGAAACCGGGAUUUAUACGACCAGCGAACCAGUUUGUAAAGAGGAAACUAUUGCUUAAGUGAACAUAAGAACAAAUAGAUAUUGGAGUAAGGGACAAGAGUCGGCCAUUUCGAUCAACAAACGAAGCCAUCGAAGAUUUGUCGGCCCCUCGUAAAGUGUUCGUCUGAAAUGGGAUAACUUUCCAAAGGUAUCUUAUUUUCAAAAUCCUCACGAACGAUGACGCUGCAUUUAUGAGAGUAAACGAAUGGAGCGUUUACUGAACUGUGUGCAGAAAUAUGAGCCAUUCAAUAAUCGUGAUGAUCUGCGAUAUUUACUUGUGACCCAAUAACAUCUACAUUUCAUACUUUUAUUUAAUAGAUGAGCGGACGUUUUACUCUUUAUGAAAGCGUGAACAAUUAUGACAGGUGUUGCAUGAUUUAAAUUUGCCAUAAACGCUCCACCUUCUAAAAUUGAAUCCAUUAAUUAUAUAUUGUUUGUAUGAGUAAGCCUACUAAAUACAUACACUCACUUCGUCCUUUUUGUGGUGAACCUUUCUGAUGUUCAUUUUUCUAUAUGUACAAGAACAAAGAAUUUCUUCGAACCCUCGCUUAUGUAACCAACUGACAAGAUUUUCUUUAUAAUAUUGCUUUAAAGAAAAGAAAAAGUAUAACACAAGACCUUAGUUCAGUAUAGUAUAGUUGUAGCCUUCCACGUUUCAAGCUAUCUAUGUAUUCAAUUUAUAUAGUAUUUAUUGUUUAAAUGAAACUAAAAUAUGGAGGUUUAUUGGUGGUGUUGGCAAGGUAUGUGAUAAGAGAACGCUACUCUGAUGAUGGAUUGAUUAAACAUAUGUUAUUGC